AUGGCGAGCAAAUUGUCGCUGAUCGACCGCAUCAGCGUGCAACUUGCUGAAAGAGCAGCCGCAGAAGGGCAUGUAGUUAAGACUGGAACACAUAGUCCCACUGUAAUAUCUUCGUCUGCUCUUUCCUCAUCUAUCCCAUCGCCAGCUAUUCCUUGUGCAACUACUACUUCAAUGGUUUCAAAUGGAAGUUCUGGAAGAUCAACUCCUAUUGAGUCAUCUAAAACAGUCACUGAUCUCAAGUCAUUGUUACUCAAAGAGACAUUGAACGGAAAAAUGAUCAGCCAAGGAUCGCUUCCAAAAGCUGACAGAGUUCCGUUAUCAAGCGAUGCUCUUAAUCUUCUUUUGAGUUCCCAUUUUCCACUAAACCCAACACCGGCUUCUGUACCCGGAAAAAGACCAGCUUCACCGGAAGAGACACAACCAAAACGGGCGCGUUUAUCACCAGAGUCUUCACUCUCCAUCAAAACUGAAAACGAAGAUUCCUUUUCGAUAGCCACUGAAACAGAGGACUCUAUGUUAAGUUUAAGUGCUCUGAGCACAGCAGAGCCCUCUCCUGUUUUUUCUGUAAGAGAUGAAUCUAUUUUCUGUCAAGUUCCCGGACGUUUGGCGCUAUUAAACAAUAAUAGCAAGUAUCCUGUAACGAUUAAUGAGAUCCGGCGAAGACUAGGUAAUCCCGAACGGUUAAAUGCCUCCAUAUUGGGUGGUGUUUUACGACGAGCCAAGUCGAAAAAUGGUGGGAAAGAACUUCGUGAUCAGUUGGAGCAAAUUGGUCUUGAUCUGCCUGCAGGCAAACGGAAAGCUUUUCACAUGACGUUAUUCACAGCAAUGGUUGAAGGAGAAGCUACGCACCUGGCUAAAGAUUUUGAUUUCCUCUGCGAAACUGAGUUCCCAGUUGACAUAUUAUCAGAAUAUGUUCAACAAAAAGAGACUGAAGAUGCAGAAAGAAAUAAAAGGGAUCUUGAAGGCACAGUGAGAGUCUUAAGUAACUUGCUCUCAACUCUGCGACAAGAUCGUGCUCCAGUUUUUUUGAACAGCCUUCUCCCCAUUCUGCCAGAGAGAGUGCAAGAUGGCUUAACACAUUUCUCUUUGUGUACUCAUGGCUUCGGCACUCCGGCUUUUGUGACAGUCUUAAACACUAUGAUGAAAUAUGCCGAGAAGUCACUAAGCAGUUUAAGAAAUAUGGAAAACACAAAAAAUCAGAUGACAGCUUUAAAUCCAGCCGAUAUCCAAGCUGUGUGGAAAUAUGUCAUUGACAUGAAUAAUAUGAAAGCUGCUGGAGUCAAGUAA